CCUCGACUUCAAGCACAGCCAGAUUCCCUCAUCCCGACCUUCUGCAGCCGGUGUCCUACAGAAUCAACCUCUUCUGCCCCGACGUCCUCCUCCAGGAGCCCAAGAUCUGAACAAGGAUUAACAUGGCAACAACACUUAAAGAUGUGGCGACGCGGAAACCUGUUCUAGCGACAAUCCGUCUCUUAGUUCCCGCUGGAGCUGCCAAACCUGCACCGCCCGUUGGACCAGCUCUCGGCUUCUACAGGCUUAAUCUGAUGGCGUUCUGCAAGGACUUCAACGCCAGGACACAGAAGUACAAGGCAGAAACUCCAAUGCAGGUCACUUUGACUGCCUACAAGGACAGCACUUUCGAGUUUGUGGUCAAGUCACCCUCGGUUUCAUGGUUUCUCAAGAAAGCAGCAGGCAUUGAGACAGCGAGCAGCCGCCCGGGGCACAGCAUUGUGACGUCUCUCUCGCUCCGUCAUGUCUACGAGAUCGCGAAGCUGAAGCAGACCGAUCCGUUCUGCAAGCACAUGUCGCUGGAGGCCUUGUCCAAAUCCAUCAUCGGCACGGCCAAGUCCAUGGGCAUCGAAAUUGUUAAGGAUCUGGACUAGCCUCGACCGUAGUUAUAGUGCUUUGAUCUGCAACUGUCUGGUUUUAUCUGACCUGGACGGAAGUAGGUAUCGGAUUUUCUUUUAAAGGCUGCAUCAUUGGAAAUCAUUCCCCGUUUUUCUUAUUCAGGUUGUACGUGGCACUAUUUUAUAAAAAAUGCAGCCAUUCGGGGAUGGUUGGCUAGAAAUAAGUUUGAGCUUUGCGUGAACUUGUCUUCUGGAACAGAUAGAUGGCACUGAACUUCUUGUCUCACUGGAAGUUGUAACUUCAACGCCUUCCAUGUGAA